GACUGUGUUUUUUGUUACAAUUUUUUCAGAAAUAUUACUAUUUCGAAGUUGUUUCGUAAAACGUUUCUCAGAAAUGAGAAAAAUAUUUUGUUCAUCUUACGAAAUAUACAUUUAUUCAGACGAAAAUAUAAUGGAUUUGACUUUUUGUUCACUUUUUUUUUAUGGUAAAAUAAUGCAGUUAUAACACAAUGAAUUUUGUUUGAUCAAAAAUAUUUUUUUCUCGCGGUGCGUGUAAGCUAUGUUUCGGGCAAAUAAUGAGGAUUGUUCGUUGUUCAAUAAAGAGCGAGGGGAGAAACCUGGUAACGCGAGAACAGGUAUACUCUCUCACACUUAUGGCAGCUCGAUCGAUCUUUCACGUGGCCUCAACAACUGCUUGGUUUAUUGAGCAUCAUGCACAGUUACGGUGGAUCCGCGAAUGAUUAGAAAAUAAAAAAUUAGCCCAGAAUCCAGAAUAGUCUUAUCAACGAUCGAUAAUUACUUGCACUGCGAGCUGCGAAAACCGAAAUCUCACGGAAUUGUACGAAGCUCACUCGGUCACACAACUGGGAUCUGGGAAUUCUGGGACUUGUCUGACGCGAGCGACACACAACUCUUAUUACCUGCGAUGACAUUUUUCUGUUUUUUUUUUGCAAUCGCGUAUACUAUGCACUAAACAUCGAUUACAAACAUUUUUUAAGUUUUCAACAUCAUUCGAAAUGCCGAAUUCGUUAAUAAGUAUUUAAUCCAACGAACAACUCAACGGUGACAGUAGUUGGUUGGUGAGAACUGUAAACCAACCUCAAAGAAUAAACAUAACCUACGAAAGUAAUUCUUGUUGACAUUGAUUCCAUUAACGUGGAUUGUUUAACAAAUGGCCCACAAGUAUGAAAAUUAUUACAGCGAAUUCCACAAAAAUGCUGAAAUUCAAGAAAAUGUCAGGUACAAAAAGAAAUAUAGAAAAUUGAAGAGGAUUGUCAAAAAUACAGUAUUCGAGAAUGCAGCCCUGUGCGAUCAGGUUGCACAAAUGCAGGAAAAUCUUGUUGCGGUUAAAGAAGAACGGCUGUUUCUGUUGAGAAAACUAUGUCAGCAACAAGGAGAAUGCGAUCCUGCCAAUAUUAUGUCAAAAGCUCAACCCAGCAAUUUAUCUGUGUUAGUGCCACAAGUAGAAAAUCCGACACCCAAAAAAAGUAUAAAAAAAAGGAAUUCAGUUGAUGGAGUAAAUAGCGGAGAAAUGACUGUCAAAGGGAAGCCAAAACGUUGCAGCAAAACCAACAAGAGACUGGUACAAUUAAUCCCAUUGGACAUUCAUGGGAGGCCAAUAUUCCCAAUAGCUUUGGGUGAUUUGACAGUGUACUCGCUGGGUGAAGUUGUCUCUGAUAGAAUGUCUUAUCACACAGAGGAUCUUAUAUACCCAGUGGGUUUUUGUAGUACCCGGAUAUACGCAAAUUUGAAAGAUCCCAGAACCAAGAGUCUUUACACAUGUAAAAUAUUAGAGGGAGGUCCAAAACCACGUUUCGAAAUUGUAUCAGACAGUGACUUGGAUCGACCACUGGUAGGAUUUAGUCCUGACGAGUGUCAUUCCUUAUUGUUGGCUGCAAUAUCUCCCAUACUUUGUAACAUUGCACCAAAGGGUGCACAUUUUUUCGGCAUAUCACAUCCUACCAUACAGAAUCUUAUACAAAGUUCUCCUGGCACUCGAAAAUUGGCCAUGUACAAAAGUCAACGGUUCGAAGUUUGUAAGAAUCAAUUGACGGAAAGAGGAGCCAGUCCAAUGCCAGAGGAAGAAAUAGAUCCAGGAAUUAGUUUUCUGGCGCUUCACAGAUCAUUUGCGCUAAAUGCCAAUUAUGGAAUAAAAGAAGAGCCAACAGAGCACGAUCUCAGAGCUCUCCAAGACUUGCUUGCAUGAUCUUAUUUACGCAAUGAGUUUUUUCAUUUGAAAAUCAAUGUAAAUAUAAAGGUACUGUUAAGAAGAAAUAAUUAUAAUACAAUAUUCUUAUA